GUAGGUUGUCUUCAAGAAUUGUGCGCGAGUCGGGUGGCAGUGCUUGCCCUUAAGAAUCAUAAGGUACCCACUAUGGGCCAAAUGAUUACAAUGUUGAAAAAACAUAAUAUGUUUGAAGUACUUUAUGGCUGGCUCCUUGCCAAGAUUGCUAGUAAGCUUGAGGUCCUUCCUGGCUCUGACUUUUGUGUUGGAUAUGAAGAAGCCAUCAAGUAUGGUGGCAGAGUAAUACUUGGUGAUCGCCCUGUACAGAUUACUAUGAGGAGAACAUGGAGCAAGAUGCCACUUCAGCAUAAGACAAAAUUGUUAUUCUCUUGUCUGUUUGGCAUUUGUGGCUUCCUGGUCUCUGUGGACAACACUACAUGCCAUAAUUGUACACUGAUCAAGGUUGAUAGUGUUAACAAACCUGGAAUUCUGCUGGAAGUCGUGCAAAUCUUGACAGACCUUGACUUCAUAAUUACCAAAGCAUACAUAUCUUCUGAUGGGGGAUGGUUUAUGGAUGGUAUGUUUGUGAGUGAAUUGAACUUUUAUUUGAAAUGCAUUAAUAACUACGCAGAUGUGCCCUGUUCAUGCUUGUUAUUAGCCUAAUUGAAAACGGGUAACUAAGAAAAACAUUGGCUGCUAUCAAGUUUCUCUAUGUUACCGACAUUUUUUCUCUCGAAUAUAUGAUUGUAUCCAUGAGAGCAUGAAGUGUUUUUCGGUUUCCCCCCCUUUCU